UAAUUAUUGUCAUAAUGUCCUAAUUACUGAACAUCUGCUGUGAUUCAGUGUUUAGAAACACAAAAGUUCAUGUGGGACUUUUUAAAGGCACUGGCAUUGGUCGAACUUUGGUGUGUGUGUCACACACACAGGGGGGGGAAGUCCCAGGUCAGGCAGAGAGCUGGUACCCAAAUGAGCUUCCAUUGCUGAAACACAGGCCCCUCUCACUCUGGUCUUCAAAUCGAGGAGUCCCCCCAGCGCUUCUACAUCUCGCCAGUGUGAGGGUCAUCAGGCCUGAUGGGUGGAGGCUGCCAUGGGGGUCAUUACUGGGAUGCUUUGCUCAAAAAAUGUAUUGGCUGUCAAAUGCAAUGCAAGCAGCCACACAUCAUCCCCAAAUGCACCAGUUACUGUGAGUCUGCACAUUGCAAAGCCCUGCUUGGCCACUACUACGAUGCACUGCUGAAGACGUGUGUGAGGUGCACUAAGAUUUGCGGCAGUCAUCCAGCAGAAUGCUCCCAGCACUGCCAGAAGGUAUCCUUCCCAUCUACCCCCCGAGCUCCGACAACUCAUGUGACUACCAAGAAGCUCCUGGUUGAAGUUCCCUCACACGUGCCAAAUUCCAGAGGGUCCUCAGGGCUGACAGCCCUGGAAGACUCCACUAUCCUGUUCUACUCCCUGCUGGCUCUGUGCAUGCUGCUGCUGUUCUCUAGCUUGUCUCUAGCAUCGGCAGUCUUACUGAGGAGAGCAAGGGCCAAAACCUCCAAACCAGGACCCAAGGAGGCUAACUACAACCAGGAGAGUGCGGUCCAGCAGGGCCAAGAGGGUGGUCGGCCUGGGCACAGAUCCAAAGAUUUUGUAACAAAUUCAAACCACACCAGAGACCGUGAGCCAUCAAAUGACUCCAUUCCCACUGAGACCUGCGUGUGCGUCCACUGUUUCCCUGAUCUGAAAGGUCUCGGCCAGGGCAACGACAGGCCAACGAGAGCCCCCUUCUCAUUCUACCAGCAGCCUGUCCUCCAUGGAGGGCCUGUCUGGGCUGAGGAGAACCUCCACAACUCUGGACUGGAGGUGUUGCAGGAGGCAGAAGUUGGAUGAGGCUCAUUUAGCUGUCCCACGGGACUACUGGAAUGUCCAAAUGUGUCCCCAGGUCUUGGAGAAGAUAGUCAAGAAUAUUUGAUUUUUUUUUUAAUCAGACUGUGGGACAACAUCACUGCAGUGUGUUUAGAUGUGAAACUGAAAAAAAAGGGUUUCACGCUCAUCUACAAAUGCCAUCAACCUCUCAACAAGCAACAACAGUGAGAAUUCAUCUGCAUGAAUAAGUAUCA